CCUGCAAUGCAGGAGACCCAAGUUCAAUCCCUGGAUUGGGAAGAUCCCCUAGAGGAGGGAAUGGCUACCCACUCCAGUAUGCUGGCCUGGGAAAUCCAAUGGACAGAGCUGGCUACAGUCCAUGGGGUCGUAAGAGGCAGACACAACUGAGCGCGCAUGCAUACACGCGCGCGCACACACACACACACUGGAGGGAACAAUCAGAGAAGGUAGUCAGUCCACCAUAAUGGUAAGAAGUAUAAAGAGGCAGCACCUUCCAGGCCAGUAUGAAAAGAUAGUCAUACUGGAUCCACACUGGGAGGUGACCCUCGAAGUCUCUGAGUCGGCGUGAGAAUCCCAGACUUGUCACUAACAAGCUGUGUGUUCUCUGGCCCCGUGUGAGGGCUUGGGCAGUGAUGGCUGUGACACGCCUGGUGUGUUGCACACACGCAUCCACCCGUCCAUGCAGUGUCUACUGAGCGCCUGCCACCUGCCCAACACUGGGGACGCAGCCGCUUAGAAGACGUCCAGACUGCUGCCCUGUGGAGGCGUCAUUUCCAGGCGAGGGUGUGGUGCCUGGGAGACAGCACAACCAAGCAAGUGGAUAAACAGUAUGAGAUGGGGAUACACACUGUGCCAAAAAGUAAGCACGCAGGAUCCCAGUUCCCUGACCAGGGAUCCAGCCCACACUUCCUGCAGAGGGAGGAUGAGGUCUUAACACUGGACCACCAGGGAAGUCCUGAGACCUUCUUGUUCUAAUAGAGUGGGGGUCAAGGAAAGCUAUGGGGCAAGAUGGUAUUUGAGCAGAAACCUGGAGGACAUGAGGCAGUGUGAGGGAAAGGACAUUCCAGGCACAUUCAAGAGAAAAUCGCAAGUGCAGAGGCCCUGGGGUGGGACUCGGGUGGGACCUGAGCAGAGGGCAACAGGUAGAGUUGUGGGAGUCGGAUGGAGGCAGGUCACGGGAGGUGUGGGGGCCAGUGGCUUUUACUCUGAGUGGAUUGGGAGCCAUUGCAGGGUUCUGAGCAGGGGAGGGCCUGAUCUGUCUUUAGAAAUGAUGACUGGGUUUCUGGGUGGAGAACAGGCUAUGGGGAAUAAGAUCAAUUUCCAGAGAGGGGUGCGGAGGGAGGGCAGUGAAGAGGCUGCUAAGGUACUGCUGGUCGAAAAGGGGUUGCCUGGGUCCCGGGACAGCAGCCUGGAUGGUAGUGAGUGGAGGAGGAGUGGUGUUCUUGGCAAGUUUCAAGGGCAGAGCCAAGAGGGUUGCACAUGACUUUUUCCCGUCCUCCAAACUUCCGGGACCCUCAGAAGAGGAUCGCUGGAGGCUCAUUAGGGACCCCACUUGAAAGCACCUGUCAUCACGGCCUCCUGCCCUAGACCUAGGAAUGACCUUGGGGUUCCCUGAGACUGCUGUUUGAAGAGAGUGAAUGGAGGGGGGCAUGGUCCCCCUCCCUCCUGCAGACACAUGUCCCACCUCCCCGGUUGUCCUCACACACUGGCACUGCCAGAAAGGCGGCUGCACACCUUCCCGGGGAAGCGGGAGCAGGUGGGCGCUCCGAUCCAGGGGUGGGGAGUUGACUCACCGGCUCCUCUCGCCCGCAGCCUCCGGGGGCUGCGAUGGGACGGGAGCCAUGAAUGGUGCCGCCCCGGUCCCGGUCCCGGUGCCGGUCCCGGACUGGCGGCAGUUCUGCGAGCUGCACGCGCAGGCGGCCGCCGUGGACUUCGCGCACAAGUUCUGCCGCUUCCUGCGGGACAACCCGGCCUACGACACGCCCGACGCCGGCGCCUCCUUCUCCCGCCACUUCGCCGCCAACUUCCUGGACGUGUUCAGCGAGGAGGUGCGCCGAGUGCUGGUGGCCGGGCCGGCGCCGCCGCGAGGGGCGGCCGAGCCCCCGGACGCCAUGGAGCCCGGGCCCGCGGGGCCCCCGGCGCUCAAGGCCGCGCCCUACGGUCACUCGCGGAGCUCGGAGGACGUGUCGGGGACCGCGGCGGCCAAGGCUCGCGUCCGCAAGGGCUUCUCGCUGCGCAACAUGAGCCUGUGCGUGGUGGACGGCGUGCGCGACAUGUGGCACCGGCGCGCCUCCCCCGAGCCCGGCGCCGCCGAGCCCCCGGCCGAGCCGCGCGACAAGUGGAUGCGGCGCCUGCGGCUGUCGCGGACGCUGGCGGCCAAGGUGGAGCUGGUGGACAUCCAGCGCGAGGGCGCGCUGCGCUUCAUGGUGGCCGACGACGCGGCCUCGGGCCCCGGGGGCGCCGCCCAGUGGCAGAAGUGUCGCCUGCUCCUGCGCAGGGCGGUGGCGGGCGAGCGCUUCCGCCUGGAGUUCUUCGUGCCGCCCAAGGCCUCCAGGCCCAAAGUCAGCAUCCCCCUGUCGGCCAUCAUCGAGGUCCGUACCACCAUGCCCCUGGAGAUGCCGGAGAAGGACAACACGUUCGUGCUCAAGGUAGAGAAUGGAGCAGAGUACAUCCUGGAGACCAUCGACUCCCUGCAGAAGCACUCGUGGGUGGCUGACAUCCAGGGCUGCGUAGACCCCGGGGACAGCGAGGAAGACACGGAGCCAUCCUGUGCCCGGGGAGGCUGUCUGGCCAGCCGCGUGGCCUCCUGCAGCUGUGAGCUCCUGACGGAGGCAGUGGACCUGCCCCGGCCCCCAGACACAACGGCAGCCGUGGUGACAGCCCCACACAGCCGCGCUCGAGAGGCCGUUGGCGAUUCCCUGGUCCACGUCCCGCUGGAGACCUUCCUGGAGACCCUGGAGUCCCCAGGCGCCAGCGGCAGCAACCGCACAGCAGAGGAGGCAGCAGAGCCAGAGGCCCAGGCCGAGGCUGAGCUGGAGCUCUCCGACUACCCCUGGUUCCAUGGGACACUGUCACGGGUCAAGGCAGCUCAGCUGGUGCUGGCGGGCGGGCCCCGGAACCAUGGCCUCUUCGUGAUCCGCCAGAGUGAGACCCGGCCCGGGGAGUAUGUGCUGACCUUCAACUUCCAGGGCAAGGCCAAGGGCCUCUGGAGACUAGGGAUGGACGGGCACCUGCGCCUGUCCUUGAACGGCCACGGGCAGUGCCACGUGCAGCACCUGUGGUUCCAGUCUGUGCUUGACAUGCUCCGCCACUUCCACACCCACCCCAUCCCGCUGGAGUCCGGGGGCUCUGCCGACAUCACCCUACGCAGCUAUGUGCGGGCCCAGGGCCCCCCACCCGACCCGGGGCCCUCGCCCAGCGCCGCGCCCCCACCGCCUGCCUGCUGGAGCGAGUCGGCAGGCCAGCACUACUUCUCCAGCCUCGCCGCGGCAGCUUGCCCGCCCGCCUCGCCCUCGGAGGCCGGCGGCGCCUCGUCCUCGUCCGCCUCGUCGUCUUCGGCCGCUUCGGUGCCCGGCGCCCCCCGCCCCGCCGCCGAGGGCCCGCUGAGCGCCCGCAGCCGCAGCAACAGCGCCGAGCGCCUGCUGGAGGCGGCGGGCGGGGGCGCCGAAGAGCCCCCCGAGGCCGGGUCAGGCGAGGGCGCCCGGGGCCACACUCGCGCCGUGGAGAACCAGUACUCCUUCUACUAGGCGGGCGCGCCUACGCCAAGGCCCUGGGACCACCGGACCCGCCCCCGGCCACGGGCGAUGGCCCACGGGCGUCCAAAGCCAGCCCCUUCCGGCCCCCCGCCCCGCCCGGCGCUGGGUGGGAAAAGCGAAGCUCUUCAGUGAAGACAUAAUGUUAUUAAAGAGCCUGUUUUAGGGACUGCA